GGACCCUACAGCCCUUCUCUUCAAUUUUGUUUGCUCUAACUCUACCUCUCUCUCUCUCUAGUCUCUCCCUCUAUAUCUUUCUUCCUUAUUACACAAUACUAUAGCUUAAAAAACAAAGUUACACUUUCUAGAGGACUAUACUAUUAGCUAGCUAAUUAAUUAGCCAUGGGAAGAGCACCAUGUUGUGACAAAAAUGGCCUUAAGAAAGGACCAUGGACCCCGGAGGAGGAUCAGAAACUCAUUGAUUAUAUUCAGAAAUAUGGAUAUGGGAAUUGGAGGACACUUCCAAAGAAUGCUGGACUUCAAAGGUGUGGAAAGAGUUGCCGUCUUCGUUGGACUAACUAUUUGAGACCCGAUAUCAAGAGGGGCAGAUUUGCUUUUGAAGAAGAGGAAACAAUUAUUCAGCUACAUAGUAUUUUGGGCAACAAGUGGUCUGCAAUUGCUGCUCGCUUGCCCGGAAGAACAGACAAUGAAAUCAAGAACUAUUGGAACACACACAUUAGAAAGAGGCUUCUUCGAAUGGGAAUUGACCCAGUAACUCAUAGCCCACGCCUUGAUCUUCUUGACAUUUCCUCAAUCCUAAGUUCAUCACUCUAUAACCCAUCUCAAAUGAACAACAUCUCAAGGUUGUUUGGGGUCCAACCCUUUGUCAAUCCAGAACUUUUAAGGCUCGCAUCAUCUAUCAUGUCAUCCCAACGUGAUCAAAACCCAAACUUACUUCUUCAAAAUCUUCAAGAAAACCAGCUUUGCCAAAACCAAAUUCCACAGCUUGUCCAGGUCGAAUCUAAUCAAGUUCAUGCCCCUAUUCAAGAAAAUAUAAAUCCAACUACUUGCACCACAAUGAGUACCGCUUGUGUUCCAUUUCAUAAUGAAGCACAGCCCCAACUCGUGGACUCCAAUGUGGACCAAUUCACAUCAAAUUUCAACAGUUUCAGCUCCUCAAAUUGUCAACUAACUGAGUGGCAAACCAAUGGGAUGCCUUCAAAUUUUACUGAUGAAGACUAUGUUCCUCUACCAAGUUACAAUUAUUAUGGUUCUGAUCAAACUUUCGUGGAUCCUUCUGAAACAUCAACUUUCCAAUCCAACAACAGCAACCAGAAUUUCAGCUUCGCGUCUGUUUUAUCAACGCCUUCAUCGAGCCCAACUCCAUUGAAUUCAAAUUCAACAUACAUCAAUAGCAGCAGCACUGAAGAUGAGAGGGAAAGCUACUGCAGCAACAUGUUGAAAUUUGAAAUACAAGAUUUAUUGGAUGUCAAUGAAUUCAUGUAAUGUAUCCUAAUCAAAACUGAUUUUGUAACUCAGAUUUGGUUUGUUGAUGUUGAUGUUGUGGUUAUUGUUGCCGUAACCAAACGUUGCUACAGUUUUCUGGGAUUUGGAUUUGAUGGUGUUUAUACGUGUAAACUUUUCUUAAUUAAUAAUCAAUCUGUUCCCAUUUGCUUAAGCUUACUGUAUCAUGAAGCAAGAUCUAGUCUUGUGUUUUUCACUCAAUCAAUCAGAAGUUUCCAUUAUUGA